AUGAUGCCCUUAUUGUUGCUCAUCUGUCCCUUGCACAUGCGUCCUCCUUCUCAUCUCCUCAUCUCCUUUCUCACGUGGGUCAUCUCCUCCCACCGUCUCUUGCAUGCAUUCCCACACAUUGCUUCCUCUCCUCCUCUCUCGCCCCCACUUGCCGGCCCCCUCCCACUCAAAUCUAAUCUAGUCAUCUCUCGCCAUGUGUCUCUCCCCCCACCCUACUCCUCUCCUCGCCUCCUCUGCUCGCUAUUCCUAUUUCCCAAACACACCUCCACUUUCUCCUCCCCUGUCUCUGUCCCUGUCUCUCUCCGCCCACCCGCCCUCCCCUCAACACCCAGCAGGCACACCCUGCAGCAUCUAUCAUUUCUCCUCCCCGACCCCGCCACCCUGCCUCUCUCCACCAACCUGCUCUUCCACCUGCUCUCACACGCCUGCCUCUGCGCCAUGCCGCACUCUGCCCUCCUCUUCCUCUUCCAAGCUGCCACACACUGCCUCGCUCGGUAA